UCUGCCGCCGUCGCUGACGCUGCUGUCGCCUCUGUUGCAGAUGAUGCCCCCCUCGCCCACCUACUUCGGCGGCUCAGGGCUGGACAGCACGUCCAAGCCGCAGCCGCCGGCCCCCGGCUUCCCCUUCGUGCACCCGAGCGCAUCGCGACGCCCCAGCGGACAGCCGACGCUGGGCGGUCUGGCCGGCCUCGGCCGCCAGUCGUCUAGCGCGGCCGACGUCAGCCUGGAGAGCCCACUCAGCCCCGCCGUCUCGCUGCCGCCGCCGGCCGCCGGCGCGCUCCACCGCCGCCUCGACCGCAGCCACAGCGAGCCGGUGGCAGAGCGCAAGCUGCCGCCGCAGAACUCGAGCCGCUACAAGACGGAGCUGUGCCGGCCGUUCGAGGAGAGCGGCCAGUGCAAGUAUGGCGAGAAGUGCCAGUUCGCGCACGGAGCGCACGAGCUGCGCAACAUGUCGCGCCACCCCAAGUACAAGACGGACCUGUGCCGGACGUUCCACACGACCGGCUACUGUCCGUACGGCGCGCGCUGCCACUUCGUCCACAACACGGACGAGCAGCGGCGGCCGCGCGCCGCGCUGAGCUCGGCCGGCGAGUCGCCCUCGCCCGGCUCCAUGUCUGGCUCCAGCUCGCCCACCUCGAUGCUCUUCCCGGACGAGGCGUACAAGUCGGUGCUGACGCCGAGCCCGGUGCCGCAGCCGUUCGCCGUGUUCCAGUUCCCGACGCAGCGCGAACUGGGACUGCUGCUGGCGCUGCCGUCCAGCCCCAGCCCCACCGACUCGCUGGCCUCCGACCUGGAGACGAUGAGCCUGUCGUCGGCCGGCAGCGCUAGCGGAAGUCCGCCCAGCUGCUCACCGCUGGACCAGCCGCGCAACCUGCGGCUGCCCGUCUUCUCGCGCAUGCGCAGGGAGGACGCGUUCGCGCUGUGAUAGCCGGGCCGAAGAGCGGACCGCGGGCGGCGGCGGCGCGGCGCGCCGGGAGAGGC